AAAGACAUUUCAAAGUGUAGAGAAAACAUAAUGGCUGAAUUCAAUUUGAACCAUAAACAACAGAAGCAUUUUGUUCUGGUUCAUGGUGUUUGCCUUGGAGCUUGGUGUUGGUACAAACUAAAACCACAAUUAGAAUCUAUUGGUCACAAAGUCACAACACUUGACCUUGCAGCUUGUGGCACCAGCACACACAAAAUUGAAGAUGUUCAUACUUUUGCAGACUAUUCUAAGCCUUUGUUAGAGUUUUUAGCAUCACUUGAUCCAAAUGAAAAAGUGAUUCUUGCAGGACAUAGCUUUGGUGGAAUGAGUAUAGCUCUUGCAAUGGAAAAAUUCUCAGAAAAAAUAGCAGUUGGAAUUUUCAUAGCAGCUUUUGUUCCUGAUACCCAACAUCAACCAUCAUAUGUAAUACAACAGUAUAUUGAGAGAUAUCCAAUUAGUGGAUGGUUAGACACUGAGUUUUCAUUUGAUGGAAGCAAAAUGGUAGUGCUUCCUGGCCUCAAGUUCUUGUCCACUAAAUUCUUUCAACUAUGCGCCAAAGAGGAUUUUGAAUUGGUGAAGAUAUUACUAAGAGCAGGGUCAUUUUUUCUUGAGGAUCUGUCUGAGGCCGAGAAUUUCUCCAAAGAGAGAUAUGAAACCGUUCCACGUGCUUUUAUUAUUGCUAGUGAGGACUUGGCAAUUCCUGUGGAGUUUCAACAAUGGAUGAUACAAAAUGCUGGGAUUGAUGUUGUGAAAGUGGUUGAUGGAGCUGAUCAUAUGACCAUUCUUUCCAAACCUCAAGAACUGUGUUUGUCCCUGUUUGAGAUUGCUGAUAAAUACAUUUAGUGGAUAUCCAUUUUGCAUGUUAAUUAAGUAGAAGUACAAUAAGAAUGUUAUCCAUUCUUGCAAGUGUUUGAUAAUUAGCUCAAUCCAACUUUCGUAACAAACAAGGCCAUAGUGUAAUUGCCAUGAUGCUUGGAUAGUAGUUAGUAUUUAGUAAUGUCCUCUAAUGUAAUUGGCUUGUACGAUGAAGUGUUAACUAAAAUAGACACCUGUUUAAUAGGAAGACCACAUGCAUUGUAAAUUAUAUGCGUGUUUGGAUUCAAAUUGUGACUUAUAGGAUUUGGUGUGGUGGCACAACCAUAUAUUGUGUUGUUGAAUGUUGAUAUGUGUGUGAGAGAGAUGUUUCAGAAUUGAUGUCAUGUGUUUUGAGGAUUCAAUCCACAUUCUUUCAUUUUCGAGCUA